CCCUCCAGUGUAGUGGCGCGGUUGAAAUACGAGGAGAAGAAAGGCCCUUAACAAAAACAGAAAGCAGUCACUAAAAGCAACGGAAUGCGAAUAAACACAUUUCAAAAACGCAUUUAAACAGUGUACAAACGAGAUUACACAUCUGUUCUGGACGCUGGGGUCACGUUUUGGGAUUACACUUCUUUUACGGUUUCUUGACACAAUGACGUGAGCUCAUCUUCUGGGAUGCCGCCAGAAACCCAGCCUUGUGUCCGGAGUGCCCCCUCCCGCUGAGAGCGCGCCAGCUGCCCGAGAACAAUGUACCGCGGCGGGGAGCGGGACUUCCAGACCUCCGCGCGGCGGAUGGGCACCUCCUUGCUCUUCCAGCUGUCUGUCCACGAGCGGGAGCUGGACCUGGUCUUCCUCGACCACAGCUACGCUAAGCCCUGGAGUGCCCACCCGGACGCCAGCAGUGCCCGCCCUACCCGCAUGCUUUUUGUCACGCCUCGGCGCCAGCAGGACACCACCGUAGAGACGGACAUGCCCAUCGAUGUGGAGACGGUGACGCCCACGCCGAUGCCCCUGUAUGACAACCAGAAGGCGCGGAGCGUGAUGAACGAGUGCGAGCGCCACGUGCUCUUCGCCAGGACCGACGCUGAUGCCCCUCCGCCACCGGACGACUGGGAGGAGCACCUCAACAAGACAGGCUGGUCCAUGUCUCAGAACAAGCUGUUCAACAAGGUUCUGAAGGCUCUGCAAGCUGAGAGACAGGCUCGUCUGGCCAAUGAGGGGGCGUGUAACGAGCCAGUUCUGCGGCGCAUCGCUGUGGACAAGUGUGCCAGGAAGGUGCGCCAUGCUCUGGCUAGCAUCAGCUGGGACACCAAGCUCACCCAGUGGCUCCACACUACUCUGGUGGAGUCUCUCAGUCUGCCAAUGUUGGCCGCCUACCUGGACGUGCUGCAGACCCUGAAGAGCAAGGUCCCCACAUUAAUCGACCGGAUGCUGUUAUCUUCCUCGGUGAAGACCGGUGCCACAGGGGCGGAGGCGCUGUCCCUGCUGCUCAAGAGACCCUGGGACCCAGCAGUGGGCGUCCUGUCCCAUAACAAACCGAGUAAGCUUCCUGGUUCGCCCCUCAUCUUGAUUACGCCCUCAGGGCCCACCAGUCCCGUCUUCACCACUUCGCGACGCCUCCGCUUCUGGCAGUCCCAGCUCUCCUGCCUGGGGAAGGUCAUACCCAUUUCCACACAUCUUGUGAACAGCGGCGCCAACAUGAGCGUCUCUCAGUGCUUGGAGCACAUGGUGGGAGCAGUACGGGGUAAAGUCCUGGAGGUGCACAGUCACUUCCCUCACAAGCCCAUCAUUCUAGUGGGCUGGAAUGUUGGGGCACUGAUCGCUUGUCACGUCUCACUGAUGGAGUAUGUGACUGCUGUGGUUUGUCUUGGAUUCCCUCUGUUCACUGUCGAUGGGCCCAGAGGGGAUGUGGAUGACCCCUUGCUGGACAUUAAGACGCCAGUGUUGUUCGUGAUUGGCCAGAAUGCCCUGCAGUGUGGGGUGGAAGCCAUGGAGGAAUUUAGGGAGAAGGUCCGGGCUGACAACAGCAUGGUGGUUGUGGGAGGUGCAGAUGACAACCUGAGGAUCAACUCUACAAAGAUGAAGUCAGAAGGACUCACACAGAGUAUGGUUGACAGAUGCAUUCAGGAUGAAAUCGCAGAUUUCCUGACCGGAGUCCUGACUCGUGCCGAGAGCCACGGUUCCGGUGAACCCCGCGACCUGGACACGGAGAAGAAAAAGAAGCCGCGCGAUUCGCGGCGAGAGCUGCCGUUCGAGCUGGAGAGGAACAGGCCUGCCUCCCCAGCCGUGCGAGUGCCCAUCUCCCCUUCGGGGUCAGAGGAUAUGUCUAGCGUUUCCAGCAGCCCAGCCUCCAGCCCCAAAACCAAAGCCUCCACUCUCUCUCCAGCACAGAAGUCUACCCUGAUCACAGCCACACAGCUUCUCAAGACACAUAUGCAGCGCUCAGGUGCUGUGCUAACGCACAAACAGGCACAAGCUCAGUUCGCUGCUUUUAUGAAACAAAACAUGCUUGUGAGGAAAGCACUUCCUCCAGGCACUCCAUCCUGUCUUUUUGUUCCAGUGUCCAGUGAACAGGCUGAGGGGCUGGACAGAGAAGAUCUACGAGCACAUCUGAAGAGGAGGCAGACACCCAGCCCUACUCCUGCCAAGCCCUCCAAGAGAGCCAAGAUCAAGGUCACCAUACUGUCCCAUGGGGAGACUGCAGGAAGCAACAGUGGCAACUCAGCCACUCCGGAAGGGAAGCCAUUGACUGUGACUGUGGGACAGUCUAUCCCAGGAGCCAAGGAGCUGACGGGACUGCUCACAACGCAGAGGUCUGCCAGUAUCCCAGAGGCCUCCAGCGUGAGUCCUGGAGCGUCUGGUAGUGCGGCUCCCAGCUCUUUUCACAGCUUGCAGAGCCGCAUGGUGUCAGGGUCCUCCUCGCCUAUCCAAACUCAGGCCCCGGCAGCUGCUCAAGGCACGCCCUCUGCCAGCAGCUUGCUCCAGGGGCUGAGCUUCAGCCUCCAGGAAAUUGUCACUAAGUCUCCCAGUCUGCCCUCCACAGCUGCCAGCUCAGGGAACAGCACUCAGGUAACCUACACCAGGAACAGACCCACUGCCACACAGGUUUCUGGAUUGAAGAGUCAAAGCCAGGUCCUGGGCACCAUCACAACAGGUAGCAGUACACUAGUCAGAGCUUUGCCUGUGGUCACAACUGGGGCAGGAGGAAGUACCAAAACUACAACAAUUCACCAGCUAUUGACCAACGGUGGACUGGCCAAACUUGCCAGCAGCUUACCUGGACUGGCGCACAUCUCCAGCCAAACUGCCGGUUUGAAAGCACCGACUACAAUUACAGUGACCUUACGGGGGCAGCCCAACAGAGUGACCACCCUCAGCCAGUCCGGAGGAGUCAUGAAGCCCUCUGACAUACAGAGCCUCGAACCCGUGCCGGGGACUGCGAGUGCCCAGGCCGCCGCCAGGACGCUCGCACAGCGGGAACCCCCAAAAGAGGGCCCCCCUGCCGAGAGAGGCCUGGUUCUGCCAGCUGCCCCGUCACCACCCGUAGUGACCACCACCAGUCCCACCAAGACCCUGUAUGUCAUGUCAGAUGCCAAGAUGUCAGCCCUCACCAAGUCCAUCAUCCCACAGCAGCAGCCAUCCUUGGAGGGGCCAAGCACCCUGAGAACUUUGGGGGUGCCCUCCCCGCCAGGAGGAGCAGUGACCUUCACCACACCUGCCCUCACCAAUAUACCCAGCCCUUCUUGCACCAUGGUCUUGUCAAAAGUUGGACCAGUCCUUCAGGGAGGCCCAAAGACUGUACUCCUCACCCCUACACUGGGGGGACCUCCGUCCAUCAAACCAGAGACGCUGGGCAGGGUACCCUCUGUCCUGGAUGAAGCGAGCACCAUCCUUCACACCUGUGAGACCAUCACCCCUGCACCUGGGACCACCAUCAUCACGCUAUCGGGGAGAUCUGUAGGCACCUCGAACACUCCCUCACUUCAAAGCAGCGCCCCAGCCAGCUCAACAGGACCCUCAAGCCAGCAUUAAUGAGAGUGUCUCAGCCCCUUUCUUCAAUCUGUGUUCACAGGCUAAUCACAAAUGAACAGCAGAUUUAAUGUUGAAUCUGGCGUUUUCCAGUGUCAUUACGAAAGGAUAAAAUGUUUCUUGGGCCAAAACAUCAAGCUCUUUACACGUGUCAGCAAUCUCUACCAAAAGUAAGCUUAAGGUAAUCGCAGUUAAUCAUCCAGUUACAUGAUAUGAGCUUCAGUUGGAUUGAAAAUUGAAUAAGAAAUGUAACAAAAAGCUUAUGGUAUGUGGGGGGUUAAUAGCAAUGUCUACAAUGUACUGCAUCAAAACUUCUCUUCAUAAACAACUGGUCUUCUUACAAAACAUCUCAAUAUAGAAGGCAGUCUUGCCAAAAAACUAAAAAAAACCUUUAACAUGACAAAUUUCAUUAAAACCAUAUUCAUUUUCAUUCUUCAAUUCCCGUUCUUCUUUUUUUGUUAAGUGAGGGGGAUAUGAAGUUAACUUCACACUGCAGUGAAGGUGAUGCAGUGGUAGUCUGUGGGAGACUAGAUUGUCAGCCGCUGUGUAUCUUGAGACUUGCUUAGCUGCCUUUUUUAUCUGCAUUGUAAUGCACUUUGUGCAUAUUGUUUUGCCAUGUACUUAAAGCACUCGUAAAUAAAACAGCUGGAGAAGAACACCAGGCACUCAAAGAAACUACCAAUAACUCAUUCACAGAAUAGCAGCAUGUAGCGAUUUUAACAAAAGUAUCAUUGUUAUGCCGCCUCUCAUUAAAAAAAUGUGCCAGUUCUUUUUUUUUUUUACAUUGUUGGUAGGAUGACAUUAAGAUGUUGACUUAACAAAAGAAUACAUUUUCCCCCUUUACCAAUGUUUUUUUUUGUAUCUGAAAAUAACUUUUUUUCUCCAAAACUUGUUCUUAUACUGUGUUCUGUUUUUUUUUUUCUCUUCACAGGCUAGUUAUCCUUUUUGUGUCCUUUGUAUUGUAAAAAAAAGGACUUCAUGAUUGCAAAGAAGGAAAUUAUUAUAAUUAUAUCCCUAAUCUAUAGACUGAUUCAAAGGAAGAUAUUUUGUUAAUGUUCACAUUGAACUAAGAAAGAGCACCUUAUUUAAAGCUCCAACAAGACAUUCUGAUCACAAGUUAACCAAGGGGAGUCAAUUACCUUUUCACUGUAAAAUCAGUAUAUUACUACUGAAGAAUAAAGUCGGUUCGGCAUCUUAUUAUCCAAAAAAACUACAUGAAAUAAUAAUAAUGACGUAAUGGACAAAAACUGAAAUAAAUCUAUCUAGUAGACAAACGUUUAACCACAUAAAUUGAAUGGAUGUGCAGUAGUUUAACCAUUUAAAGAUUUUAUCCGACUAAUAUUAUGUGUGUAUCCAGUAAUUAGCUAAGUCUUUUCUGUACUUACAUACGAGCUUGUAUACACCUCUCAAAGUCUUUGUGAUCUCUUUUAUUUGAACAAGCAUGUAUAAUGAAGAUACGUCCCGAGUAGAGGCCUGACACUUCAAAGAAAAAACAGUAUUUACAUACAGAUAGAUGUGCAUAGAUAAAGCUUUAAUGGAAUAAGGAUAGGAAUUGAGGAAUUUAUUCUUGCCCCGAUUGUUGACAGAAUUUUUGAGUAUUUUCAACACAUACUCAAAAAUGCCCAUCUUACAGAGUGAAUUUUAACACCCGGUGAUUUCAUACAUGGGGCGAGUCAAACCUUUGUGAAUGUGUUAAAAGUGAACAAUUCUGCAUAACAGCCUGCUUGGAAGUAAAAGGUGUUGACAAGACAGCACUACCUUCACUUUCAGCAAUAUAUGAAUGAUACUUUGAUACAUUCAGGUUUUUCAUUCAAGCAAUAUUUGUCCUUUUUUUGUAAUGUGAAAAUGUUUUGAGAGCUUUUUUUUCCCCUCAUGAAUACUCAUCAACUUGCAGCAAUUCAUCACUAAAACAAGCACACCAGUGGCUGACAGAUGAGGACAACACCCAUAGAAUGUUGUCUAGUAGUUCAAACAGGUAUUUGUGUCUAAAAGAGAACUGACCAUAUUUAACGGUAAGAAUGCAUCUCAAGAAACAGUGUGGGGCAUGACAUGUCUAUGAAAAAUAUCUUCUUUCCGAUUCCUCCAGGAUGAUUAUUUCUACUUCCAGUGUCUAAGAUCAAUAUUAAAUUAUGUACCUCCACCUUCCAGCACAUACUCACACUUUCUGACAGUAGCAGCCAAACUGAACCAUGUUCACCUGGUAUCACGGAUUUGUAUUGAAAAAAAUAAAUAUUUCUGACUGGAGUCAGAAACAGAAUAA